AUGUCUGCACAAAAAACAUGGUUCCUUCAUCAUUCUCCCGAAGAGAAUAAUAGUAGUGGUAGUGAUAUUUGUAGUCCAAGUAUUCCUUCUUCUACUACUACUAUUACAAGUAAUCAUCAUCAUGAUAAUGGUAAUGAUAAUAAUAGUGAUAUUCAUGCAACUAAAUGUACAAGAUAUACCAAUACUAUUUUAAUAUAUGUUAAUGGUAUUAGAUAUUUAAUUGAUCAUCCAAAUCCUGAACAAACACUUGGUGAUUAUUUAAGAGUAAAUUUACAAUUAACUGGUACUAAAAUUGGUUGUUCUGAAGGUGGUUGUGGUGCUUGUGUUGUAAUGAUAUCACAUUAUGAUCAUCAAUUGAAUAGAAUAAUUAAUAGAAGUGUUAAUGCAUGUUUAUAUCCAUUAAUUGCAGCUGAUGGAUAUCAUAUUGUUACUGUUGAAGGUGUUGGUACUACAAGAGAUGAUAUGUUACAUUUAAUACAACAAAGAGUUAGAUUAUUUCAUGCUAGUCAAUGUGGUUUUUGUACUCCUGGAUUUAUAAUGUCUUUAUAUGUUUUAUUAAGAAAUAAUCCACAUCCUACUUUAGAAGAUGUUGAAAGAUCACUUGAUGGUAAUUUAUGUAGAUGUACUGGUUAUAGACCUACAAUUCAAGAAUAUUUAGUUCAAUAUCAACAACGUGAAUCUGCUCUAAAUGAACAAGAUAAUUCAUCAUCAUUAACAACAAAGAAUGAUGAAACAUCAUCAAAAGAUAGAUUUACAAUGGAUUCUGAAGUAUUAGCAUCAAAUAUUGGACGAGGAACACCUGUUACUAUUGAAAACUUUAGAGAGUGGCGUGAUAAAUUUGUUGUUGAACAAAAGAAAAUUAUGGAAAAACAAAGAAUUGAAAAGGCUAAGAAAUUACCAGGUCCUAAAAGUGGUAGAGAAAUAUUUGAAGAACGUCAACAACUUUUGAUCAGUAAAAUUGGUGAAGCAGCUGCUGCUAAUCAAUACGUUGAAGAGGAUGAUAUUGAUGAAGAUUUAUUCUUGGAAGAUGAAGAUGAAGAAGAAGUCAAUAAUGAAGAUGAACAAGAUGAAGAAUAA